AUGGCUGAUGCACUACUGUUACUAGCUACUGAUCUCUUGAAGCAAUUGGGUUCAAUCGCUGUUCAGCAGGCUCAACAAGAGAUAAACUUGAUUGUUGGCAUUGAUGAAGAAAUCGAAAAGCUUUCUAACAGUUUCAAAAUCGUCCAGGCAAUGCUCAAUGAUGCUGAGGAGAGACAGUGGACGGAAGCAGCUGUGAAGCUUUGGUUAGAUCAGCUCAGAGACAUGUACUACAUGAUGGAUGACGUGUUGGACAAGUGGAACACUGCAAGGAUCAAAUCAGAAAUUAAAACAGAAGAAGAAAGAGCUGUUCCUAAUAACAAUCCUGCUGCCCUGAAGAAGAAGGUACCAUGUUCAUUCUUCCCCUCUCUAUCAUGCUGUUUUCGUCAAGUAGAUAACCUUUCUCUGGGUCAUGAGAUUGGUCACAAGAUAGAAAACCUUUCUCUGCGUCAUGAGAUUGGUCACAAGAUAGAAAACCUGAAACAAACAUUAGAUAAGAUUCUCAAAGAUAAAGUGACCUAUGGGUUUGACUUGACUAGGCAUUCACAUGUAGAAGUUGAGCGACCAACAACCACGUCCUUUGUGGAUGUGUCCGAUAUAAUUGGUCGUGAUGACUAUAGGGAUGAACUGUUGAGCAACCUGUUAGGCGUGGGUAGUCAGGAAGAAAGAAAUCCUCGUGUGAUCUCCUUAGUGGGCAUGGGAGGUAUUGGUAAAACAACUCUUUCCCAACUAGCCUACAAUCAUCUUGAAGUGAAAGCCAAAUUUCAAAAAAGAAUGUGGGUUUGUGUUUCUGAUCCUUUCGAUCAGUGCACGGUGGCCAAAGCUAUCAUUCAAGAGGCUAGCCUUGGACAUGAAUCCCUCAAUAAUAUUACUGAAUUUGAAACUCUUUUGGGUCAAAUUCAUGCUUUAAUUGAUGGAAAAAAAUUUCUUCUUGUAUUAGAUGAUGUGUGGACUGAAGACUCAACAAAGUGGGAAUCAUUCAAAAAUACUCUCAAAUGUGGUGCUCAAGCUAGUAGAAUUUUAGUUACCACUCGUAAUAAAAAAGUUGCAAUGAUAAUGGAGAGUGCCCAUAUUAUUAAUUUGAGGGUAUUGUCUAACGAGGAUUGUUGGUUGUUGUUUAGUAAAAUAGCAUUUUUUUAUAAGAAUGUAGAACAACGUAUCGAAUUGGAAGACCUUGGCAAACAAAUAGCAAAUAGGUGUAAAGGCUUGCCACUUGCUGCAAAGACUCUAGGGAGUCUUAUGCGUUUCAAAAGCAGUAGAGAACAGUGGGAGGGAAUUUUGCAUAGUAAUUUGUGGAAAAUAGAAUAUGUUAAAAAAGGUCUUUUUGCACCAUUAUUAUUGAGUUUCUAUGAUUUGCCCUUGCCAAUGAAACUUUGUUUUUUAUAUUGUGGUGUCUUUCCAAAAGAUUAUGUCUUUAACAAAGAUCAAUUGGUCUUCCUAUGGAUGGCACAAGGAUAUAUAGAGACAAGGGAAAGUAAAGAAAUGGAAAUUACGGGAGAAGAAUACUUCGAAAAUUUGGUCAUACACUCUUUCUUCGAAGAUGUUAAGAUUGAUAAUGGGGUAAUAAUAAGGUGCAAAAUGCAUGAUAUAGUGUAUGACUUCGCCCAAUCAAUUAGGAUAAAUGAAUAUUUCGAAAUCAAUGGUGAUAAGAAUUUGGAGAUAGAUUGUAAAAGUCUUUGCCAUUUAAGUUUAGAAAUUUCAAAAGAAAUGCAAAUUCUUGAACUCGUUUACCGUGCAAUAAAUCUACGCACUCUCUUUCUUCAUUUUUGUGGAAGGUACUAUGAGUUUAACAUGCACCUAUCCGACUUAUGCAUCAUUUUAGAUGUUUACAAACAUUAAUUUUGGAUUGCCCAUGUACGAAACUUCCAGAUGCGGUGGAAAAUUUGAUACAUUUAAGGUGUCUCCAUAUGUAUGAGAAUGUUGAAAUAGAAGAAUUGCCUGAAACCUUAUGUAAUCUUUGUAAUUUGCAAACUUUGAAUAUUGAUAAUGGUAAAUAUUUCAAGAAAUUACCACGGGGUAUGGGUAAACUAAUUAAUUUAAGACAGCUUAGAUUUAAUACAAAUGAUAGCUGGUUCAAACUAAAAUUUCCAAAUGGGAUUGGGAAAUUGACUUGUCUUAGGACAUUAAGUGAUUUCAACAGAGGUGGUAAGGAUGAUAAAGAAGGAUGUAAACUUGGAGAAUUAAAAAAUUUGAACCAACUUGGAGGGAGCUUUAAAAUGCAUGGGUUGGGAAAUGUGGUAGAUGUAGGGGAGACCCAGAAUGCACAGUUGAAGAAGAAGAUACAUCUCCACGA